CGCCUGUGGAAGCUGCUGGACGCCUCCUUUAAACAUAAAAAAUACCGGUUACUGACCAUGUCUGUGGAACUGCAGGACGCAGACCUCACAGAGGUGAAGCCUCUGGUAGAGAAAGAGGAGGCAAUCAUUCGCCUCCUUCCAGAGUUUGAUGCUCAGGAGCAAGAUGUUGAAACUGUGCAUGGCUCUGUUCAUGUCACAAUGUGUGGGGUUCCCAAAGGAAACAGGCCCGUCAUCCUGACAUACCAUGAUAUCGGACUGAACCACAAAACUUGCUUCGGUCCCCUCUUCAACUUCGAGGACAUGCAGGAGAUCACACACCACUUUGCUGUCUGCCAUGUGGAUGCACCUGGGCAGCAGGAUGGAGCAGCACCUUUCCCAGCUGGAUACAUGUAUCCCUCCAUGGAUCAGCUGGCUGAAAUGCUCCCAGGGAUCCUGAAACAGUUUGGGCUGACCAGUGUUAUUGGAAUGGGAUCUGGAGCUGGUGCCUACAUCCUAACUAGGUUUGCUCUAAACCAACCAGAGAUGGUGGAAGGACUUGUUCUCAUUAACGUAAACCCUUGUGCUGAAGGAUGGAUGGAUUGGGCAGCAACUAAGAUUUCAGGAUGGGCUAAUGCCCUGCCAGAUAUGGUCAUUUCGCAUCUUUUUGGAAAGGAGGAGAUUCACAACAACCCCGACCUGAUUCAUACUUACCGCCAACAUGUUAUCAAUGACAUGAAUCCAACCAAUCUUCAUCUCUUUGUCAACUCUUACAACAGUCGAAGAGAUUUAGAGAUUGAGCGCCCAGUUCCUGGAGUAAAUGUUGUUACUCUACAAUGCCCUUCUCUUCUGGUGGUUGGUGACAGUUCCCCAGCAGUUGAUGCCGUGGUUGAAUGCAAUGCUAAAUUGGAUCCAACGAAGACCACACUCCUGAAGAUGGCGGAUUGCGGUGGCUUUCCUCAAGUUUCCCAGCCUGCAAAGCUUGCAGAAGCUUUCAAAUAUUUUGUCCAAGGAAUGGGCUAUAUGCCUUCAGCCAGCAUGACCAGACUCAUGAGAUCCCGUACAGCAUCUGGCUCCAGUGUGACCUCUUUGGAAGGACAGAGGAGCAGAUCCCAUACUGGGGAGGGAACAAGAAGCAGAUCUCACACUGGCGAGGGCACCAGGAACCGUUCUCACACAGACACACGCAUUGAGCUCACUCCUAACUCUGCAAACAAUGCUGAACAAUCCAGCCCCAAGUCCAUGGAAGUCUCCUGUUAAAUGCAGUUUUUAAAAGAAAAAAAACCUGGUUGUAGUUGGAAAAGUUAAACUUCAAUGGCUGCCCACUGUGCAUUGCAAAACGUAACUGGCAUUAAUCUCAGGCUGUUCUGUGAGAUGAACUGUUUUAGGGUUUGAUGGGGACCAAAGAAAGUAAGCAUCUCAAUUGCUAGAUCUUUAUUUUAAUAGAUGGUUGCUGCUAUUGUGCCCUCCUCCAACUGAUGCCAAAUUCUAAAGGAUAUUUGCCAAAAAUUCACAUGGCUGUAAACAUGGUAAAUUCCCGUUUCACCAAAUCUCCUCCUUAAACAAAUAUUGGAAGCAGAUGUGCUCCUGCUUUCCAUGUCUCAUUUACUCUGAAUAAACUGACCCAGUUGGUGGCACAGGUUUGUUUGUUUUUUUAAAUAUCAAUGAGAAAAUCAAUGCAUUAUGGGUGGCUUAUUCACAGCCUCAUGUUGAAGCUGGAGUUAACACAUUGUAUAUAGUUUAAUUUCCAAUCACUGAAUAACUCAACUGCAUUGUGCAUUUUAUAGGCCUUCUAAUUCAUUAGUAUUCCAAGCCCAUCUUUUUCCUAAGUACAACAAUAUGCUACAACAAUAGGCAACUUAAUGCGACUUCAAGGGAAGCUGAAUCUUUCUAAGUUUUUUG